AAACUUCAACGACACCAUUGCGAGUUGUUUCCCCUAAACCUCUAUAAAAGCUUGCAUUCUUCAUCCGUCGUUGGACUCUCAGUACUAAUAGCUGACUUUGUGAGUAACUGAAGACAAGUCAAGUGGAGGUACUAUGUUGAGAAUCUUCUGUUUGUGUUUGGUCCUCUGGUCAUCUGCCCAGUGUCAGCAGUGGAUGACGCAAUAUGACCAACACUUUCAGUUCUUUUGUCCUCCAGGUCAGACUAUCAAAGCACUGGACAGUAUCCAUGACAACCAUCAUGAGGACAGAGUUUGGAAUUUCACCUGUAUAGUACCUCCACAUGGCGCAACGCUUUCUAAAUGUGAAUGGAGCGGUUAUAUAAACGACUUUGACCAACCAGUGGACUACAAUUGUCCAAAUGACGGUAUUAUCUGUGGAAUAGAAAGCGUCCAUGACAACCAUCAUGAAGACAGGAAGUGGUCAUAUUAUUGUUGUUUCCCUGAAGGUUUUGUAACCCACGCUUGUGAGGACACUCCCUACGAGAACACUUAUGAUCACGUGCUCAACUAUCGAGUUCCUGAUGACUUUGUCUUGAGAGGAGUGCAAAGCGUCCAUGACAACCGCCAUGAAGAUCGUAUCUUUAAGUUUGAUAUCUGCAGACUGGAUGCUGUUGGAGAAACUGUGGUGGGAUAAAGGGAUUUUAUUUCAAUCAAAAAUAUUUUAUACAGACAUUAAAUUUCAUAAGAACAAUU